AUGAUCCAGAGGCUCUCACACACACACAUCAACCUGCCUAUCUAUCUAUCUAUCUAUCUAUCUAUCUAUGAGAUUCCGUUAAUAUCUAUCUAUCUAUCUAUCUAUCUAUCUAUCUAUCUAUCUCAGUCUGUUCAUUAUCUAAGUCCAUUCAUAUCUAUCUCUCUAUGUGGCUAUCAGUCUGUUCGCAAUCUAUCUAUCUAUCUAUCUAAGUUUAUUCAUAUCUCUCUAUGUGUCUAUUAUUCUAUCUAUCUCAGUCUGUUCAUAUCUAUCUAUCUAUCUAUCUAUCUAUCUAUCUAUCUAUCUAUCUCAAUCUGUUAUCUAUAUAUCUAUCUCAAUUCAGAGGUUGAUACGGAGGACCGACCCCCCUUCCUCCUCCUCCCCCCUCCUCCUCCUCCUCCUCUCUCCCUCCCUCCCUCCUCCUCCUCCUCCUCUCUCCCUCCCUCCCUCCCUCCCUCUUUCUCUCUCUCUUUCUUUCUCUCCCUCUCUUUCUUUCUUUAUUUUUGUUACAUCUUUCAGCUUCGGCCAAAUUUGUUUUAA